AUGGGGACCCUCAGCUGCGACCCCGCCCCACGGCUGGCCAGCCCCCUUGGCCGGCGAGUGACGGAGGGCCAGAUUCCGGAGACCGGCCUGAGGAAGUCCUGUGGGACGGCCACCCUGGAGAACGGCUCGGGGCCAGGCUUGUAUGUCCUGCCGUCCACCGUGGGCUUCAUCAACCACGACUGCACCAGGGUGGCCAGUCCCGCCUAUUCGCUCGUCCGGAGGCCCAGUGAGGCACCACGUCAGGACACCAGCCCAGGCCCCAUCUACUUCUUGGACCCAAAAGUCACACGCUUUGGCCGCAGCUGCACCCCUGCCUACUCCAUGCAGGGCCGGGCCAAGCCCCGGGGUCCGGAGGUGACGCCAGGCCCUGGGGCCUACAGCCCAGAGAAGGUGCCCCCUGUGCGCCAUCGGACACCGCCGGCGUUCACCCUGGGCUGCCGCCUCCCCCCGAAACCCCUGGACACCUCAGCCCCUGCCCCUAAUGCCUACACCAUGCCCCCUCUGUGGGGCUCCCAGAUCUUCACCAAACCCAGCAGCCCCAGCUACACGGUGGUGGGUCGCACACCGCCCGCCCGCCCCCCGCAGGAUCCUGCGGAGAUACCAGGCCCGGGCCAGUACGACAGCCCAGACACCAACACCUACCGCCGGCGCCUGCCUGCCUUCACCAUGCUGGGGCGGCCCCGGGCCCCGCGCCCCCUGGAGGAGACCCCCGGCCCCGGCGCCCACUGCCCAGAGCAGGUCACCGUGAACAAAGUCAGGGCUCCAGCAUUCUCUAUGGGUAUCCGCCACUCCAAACGGGCCAGCACCAUGGCCGCCACCACACCCUCCCGGCCUGCGGGGCACAGGCUGCCCGGCCGCUGCUGCUAG